AUGUCCAACCUUCUUGACCUGCCUGAAGAGAUCCUCGAGAUCAUCAUCUUCCUCGUCUUCACACCAGCAUCAUACUCCGGUGACGGUGCGAAGCUCGUCACGCUACUGCCGGUCUUGUCUGUGCACUCUGUGUUUUAUCGCAUUGGCGUUCCCCUCCUCUACCGUGCGAUAUCGCUUCCGAAUAGCGAAACGGCAUACCUCCUCUGCCGAACACUCGACACCGCACCCAGCUACGCAAAACAUAUCAGGGUGCUGCAUGCAGCUGCUGUUUUCCCUUCACUGCCCUUCAUACUCCGGUACAUCGCAUUGGCGGAAACGCACCUGGACGUCCUCUCUCUUGCGCUGGAUGCGCCCUCGAAUGCGCAGUUGGCGACCUUUGCGUUGAAGCAUGCCGUGGAACUCGAAGCGUGGUCGCUGGAUGUAGGGAAUCCCGGACUUGCGAUAUGCCGCGCUAUCGCUUCAGGGCUUUUACAGCUCAAACCUGGCCCCCGCGAGUUCGUCAUCUCCCGCAAUCGACCUCCUCUUCCUCGGGAUCGGGAGCGUCUCCAAAUGCUAGAUGCAGCUAUCGGAGAGACACUCCCGACAUGGGAUGGUCUUCGUUCUAUUGUCAUUGCGUUUAGGCUACCGGGUGAUAGUAGCAUGCCCGCUGGCCUUGCACGCGCACCCAGGCUUGAACGCAUCCGGACACCAUUGCCGGCCGUAUGGCACGAAGCUUUGCUCAUCGCUUCUGGCAAUCCCGCCCUGAAACGACUAGCCGUGACCGUGACGCAUGUCAAGUCUAGGACGCGCGCGGGACCUGUCUUCGUCCCAGUGCCCGGGCGCGUGAAGGAUUCCUGGCCAUCGUCGUUUCCAGCCGGGAUCCCAGGACCGCCGCUGACGAAUGCCUCAGACGCCACCACCUACUCUAGUGCAUUGACCGACGCGACGGAUGAUAGAAGACCAUCGUUGGCAAACCGCUUGCGGGCCCCGGUCGAGAUUGUGUCACCAUUUGGGACGUUCCAUGACAGGACUGAACGCGUGCUCGAGACAGAACAGCACUCCCUUAGUCGGCAACAGGUUCUGCAAGAUGUGAGAGGAGGCAUCUCUGCGUGGUUACUCGAGGCACGAAAGCAUCCUCGACUGCUCGAGCUGAUGCUCGCAGAAAGUGAUACGGUGGAGAAUAGUAACUUCGAGCCAGAUAUCGUCGGAUAUAGUAUUAGUCGAGUGCGUGUGAAGUAG